CUCGUUUGUCGUCCCCCGCUGCGUCGCGGUUCGAUCCUCGCUGCAGCUAUAAUACUAACUAGCUACAACCAGCCGUAGCAGAAAGGACGGCGACAGCGCCAUAUCAUCCCACACGAUUUUCUGCGAACUAGCUCUCCAAUGUAUAUUCGUUGGCGGCCGCGGCUGAAUUGGUCAUCGAAAUUUGUACGGUUUUCCACAGGCUUCUCUGGAUGUCAUGGAUCACAGCAACAUCGACAUACCCUGCGCGCUACAUCUAUUUAAAAGCUGUUGCCACGAGGCCGAACGAGCUGCCAAUGUGGCCGUCGCGUUAGAGCAACUACGGGAGGCGCUCCCGGAGUCAUUCCACGGCCACCUCAUCGCCUUGGCGGGCGGGAUUUGGGACUCGAGCAGGCGGCUUCGCGAUCUUGCCAGCAAUUCCCAGUCUCAUACCGAACGCGUCCCCCUGGUUCUCGACUACUUGAAUAUUAUUUUACCAUGCCUGUGUCGUACCCUGAACGAUAUUUUGGGUUACUAUGAGGACAUAUCACUUACUCGGGAAAUGCGGUGGCGGAAGAUGUACAACAAGAUGACGCAAGAAGCCGGCGGUGUUCCGCUUCCCCAGCGUUUUGUGCUUUACAAUAACUUUCUGGUUAUGUUAGGGUACCUUCUUAACAGGUCUCCGUGUUUCGAUCCAAAUACACUCGAGACGCUCCGUGGCCAUCUUGUUGAGUUGAGGGAGAAACGAGGAAUUCCCCCAUUGCCAAAGCAAGUCGACUCCGUGAGUCUUGCCGACAUAGUAACUUCUUGGCCAACUCUUACCGAUCCUAAUGCUCAUUGGGCCGAACAAAUAUUCUCGCUCCCACUUGCUUCUCGAACUGAGCUCAAACAUAUAAGACCGUCAAAGGCAUGCGGCCCAUUCUUUCGACGGGAUCAACUUGCCAUACCCCCAGAACCCAAAGUUCUCUUCCGGCGGCCUUUCGAUAGUGAUAGGACGUCUGUGGUGGCGUACCUCAACCCGAUCGAUCAAGCUCCUUACCUUCUUAUUCGCAGUCUCCAGGGCGAAGUAGCCUGGUUCUCGUCCCAUGGGGUCCACGAGCUUUGCAUUGGGCGCGAAGGUAGCGCGUUGCAGCUUAAACGUUGGAGCCGGUCGGAACAAUGUAGCAAGCUGUGGGCGGCAUUUUACUUCAUCACAUGGGAGGAGAUGGUGCUUUUCUACUGCACGUUUGUCGCGCUCAAGGCGCGCAACAGGCUAACCGUUCAAAUCAAUCCGACUGAGUUUCGAUUACAAAGAGAGAAGCGGCUAUUCCAAGCGCAAAUUGUGGACGAUGGGUACAAGCACUCGCUCGUUGUGUACGAGGAUCAGCAAACCCAUGGUGUUCGUCUUCAUGCUGCGGUAUGGGAUGGCGAACUAAAGCAAUGUCCGGUUUGGACUACAUUUGUAACGGCUCAGGCACAGUCUUCGACAUGGAUCAGUCGGCGUUCUAAGCAUCGUGUUUGGUUAAGAAACAUACAGCUUUAUGUGUUUUGCAAGAACUAUCGACAAGAGGUUCAGCGGCAAAAUAAGUCGAAUGCAUUCGAAAUAUAUUUUGUGACUGAACAAGGUGCAUCCAAGUUUAAAGAGGUUUUUACAGCUAUGGAGGUAGCCGGAGGUUCAUCCGACACCCUAGAAACCACUACAGUUCCAUUAGGGGAAUAGAGUAGUCUCUUAUACCAGACGUUUAACUAAUCUUAUUCACUUAGCCUGCCCACUUCUGCUAAAGUUAGUCUGAGCUUAACUUGGAAAAAAGUGGAAAUUGAGUAUAAUGGACGUAAUCGUUUUUUAUCUUUUGUUAUAUUACCUUACUAUAAUAAUCUUUAUUUUUUUAUAUAAUAUAAUAUAACUAAGAUACAAUUAAAAAAAUCUUAUUUUUCCUUAAA